CUUCAAGGAUUUUCUGGAAAAACUCCUGUGCAAAGAUCCAGAAAAGUGCAAAGAACAUGUUGCCAACAUACAAGAUCACCCAUUUUUCAAUGUAUAAACUGGAAAAAAGUGGAAGCGGGGGAGGCACGCCCUCCUUUUUUCAUAUGUCGGAAGGGUUUCAGAGACAUGACAAGACAGAAGAUAAAGCUGGAAGACCUGAUGAAUGACAUGGACAAGAAUGGAGAAUGUUAUGCACCUAUUUCAGAGGAGGAACAAAAACUUUUUAAUGGCUUUUCUUUUAUCAGUGACGAAUGGCGAGCCAUGAUGAAGAUGAAAUGA